ACAUAUAUUCAUAUUCUCCACGGAAACUGGGGAAGCGGCCAGACGUGCAUGACCUGAGUUCGCUUGCGAAGUUUUGUGUCCAGAUUUUAUGAAAUCCGAUAAGUUUUGACAAUUCGGUCAGCAUGUCGUUUCGGCCGUUACCUAUUCUUUUUAUCAAUCUGGGAGGGGAGAUGCUGUACAUUCUAGACCAGAGAUUGCGGGCGCAAAACAUCCCAAUUGACAAGUCUAAGAAAGUUAUGAAUGACAUCAUCAGCACCAUGUUCAAUCAACGAUUCAUGGAGAAUCUCUUCAGGCCACAGGAGAUUUAUUCCAAGAAGGGCAUGCGUACAGUGUUUGACCGGUUGGCUCAUGCGUCUAUCAUGCGACUCAACACAGCAAGCAUGGAUAAGCUGUAUGAUUUGAUGACAAUGGCUUUGAAGUACCAAGUCUCUCUGUGUCUGCGUCCCUCGGAUAUCCUGUUAGUGACCUUCAAUCAUCUGGAUGCCAUCAGGACCUUUGUUGAGGAUUCAAUCCCAAUAUGUAACCAGGUGGAAACAGUCAUCAGGAUGAUGAUUAAGACUUACAGUUCACUGUCCAUGGGAGAAUUUCAGCUGAUCAGGCAAACACUUCUAGAAUUCUUUCAAGACAUCCAUAUAAGGGUCUCUAUUUUUCUGAAAGACAAGGUGCAGAAUUCCAAUGGGAGGUUUGUUCUGCCAUUGGCUGGACCAGUCCCGUAUGGAGCAGAAAUACCAGGAUCCAUUAGGUAUUACGAUGAAUCCGGGAAGCACAUCAAGACAACAGAGUUUCCUUCAGGCAGUAAAUACCAAGCGUCGUUACGAGAAGGCUCCGUGGAUAUGAAAGGAGACCGGGUCAUCAAGCUGGGUACAAACAUGUACAGCACCGUCAGACCAACGGAUACAACAGUCAGCAGUCCACCACAGAAGACUGCAGUGGUUUCAUCAACGGCAGAAGAUGCCACAGCAAACCCUAAUCCAAUGGUGAAGGCUGAGCUGAACCUUCUAGCUCAUCUCAUGGGGGCAGUAGAGACCAAGAAGGAGAAGUCUGGCUUCAGGGUCAAUAUGUUCAACACGGACGAGGAAGAAGAGCAAUUUGCAGCAUCAAGACCACCACCUGAUAUGUAUGAUUUCAAAGUAAUCAACAUAGAUGCAUCCAAGAUACAGAAAAGUGAUGAGCUUACCAGGAUCAUGGGUGACCUCUCAAUCCCAGAAUCCUCAGGGCAAAGUAGUAAGGGGGAUGACCUACUUGAACUCAUGGACAGUGCUUCAUGAUUCCCCUCCCCCAAGGAGCCACUCCCCAACCCCUCCCCUAAACAGUGCUUCAUGAUUCCCCUGCCCCAAGGAGCCACUCCCCCACCCCUCCCAUGGACAGUACUUCAUGAUUCCCCUCCCCCACGGAGCCACUCCCCCACCCCUCCCGAGGACAGUACUUCAUGAUUCUUCUCCCCCAGGGAGCCACUUCCCCACCCCUCCCAUGGACAGUGCUUCAUGAUUCCCCUCCCCCAGGGAGCCACUCCCCCACCCC